AGGUAUAAAUACAAGGAGCUUCAAUUAAAUGCUGUUUGUAAACGCAUUGUCAUUGUUUUGUUUCCAGUACUGGCACAAGGGACGGUACCAUUUUGCAGUACUGUAGUCAUUAAGUGUAGUGUACUUUUAGUUAUCGGCUAAAAUGGACUGGCUGGCCAUUUCUUUGGUUUUCGUUUGGUUAUCCGUCAUAUAUGGUGCACCUCAGGGUAAUACUCCGGAACCAAUCAAAAUAAUCAGCCAAACUAACGAGAUCUCACCAGAAGGAAACUACGAAUGGAGUUAUGAAGCGGCGAACGGCAUCAAAGCCCAAGAGACCGGAACCCUGAAGAAGACCAACGACGCGGAGAACCCGGAGGCGGUGGUCGCCCAGGGCUCGUUCUCGUACACCGAUCCGGAGGGCAACCAGAUCUCGUUGACGUACACGGCGGACGACGAGGGCGGCUUCCAACCGCAGGGCGCCCACCUCCCGACUCCGCCGCCCAUACCGCCCAACAUUCAGAAGGCGCUCGACUGGAUCGCCUCGCAACCAUCCACCACAGAAAGAGCGGGCAGGAAAUAGACAAUGUCGGAGUCCGGGCCGCGAUGCGACGCGAAUUGGGCUCGGGUCGGGACGGUGCGGCGGACGUUUCUGUGAUAUUUCUCUACCGGACACUGCUACGAAGAAUGAACACGACUCGGAUUAUUUUAUUUAUAUUUUUAUAUGGUUUUCUUUCUUGUAUAUGACGUUUUUAAAACAAUAAAUGCUUAUGACCCUGCAAUUUAAA